GUAAAGCGAAUAGAGGAAAUUGUAAACUGAGGCAUGGGAUUGGGAAGGGUUCCGGUGAGGUUUGAGAGGGUAGCGGCGGCCUUUGACGCCGACGUGACGCGGGUGAGGCUCUUCAAGAGCAAUGGGAGCGAGCACUCGCGAGAAGGCUUGAUUGAUCUGUCGGAUCUUGUGAAAUCGUUCAUGGAGAGAGAGGAGGAAGGAGAAGAUGCCGCUGUGGCUGGUUGCGAAGGAGAGGAAGGGCUUGAGAUUGAUUCAGAGUGGUCUGAUUCUGAGAAGAGGGAGAUGUUGGAGGGGAUAUUUGGCGAAGAUGGGGAUGUCAAAGAAAAUAUUAGGAGAGAAGUUGAAAUUGAUUUGGGGCUUGUGGGGGAUUACUCAUCGCCCGGAUUCAAACGCCACCUGAUGGCUCGCUUGCGUCAGAGAGGAUUUGAUGCAGGACUUUGCAAAUCAAAGUGCGAGAAAAAUAGAAGAUUCCCUGUUGGUGAUUACGAUUACGUUGACGUGAAUAUUGCUGGAAAUCGCUACAUUAUUGAAAUUUCCCUUGUUGCAGAAUUUGAAAUAGCUCGUCCCACAAAUCAAUAUGCUUCGUUACUUAGUGCUUUUCCUCGAGUAUUUGUUGGUAAAGUGGAAGAGCUUAAGCUGGUUGUGAGGUUGAUGUGCAAUGCUAUUCAGGGCUCAAUGAAAAGCAUGGAUCUGCACAUACCUCCAUGGAGGAGAAAUGGCUACAUGCAAGCCAAGUGGUUUAGUUCUUACGAAAGAACAACUAACGAGGUUGUUGCAACUAGAAAGGCAUCAUCACCUUUUUCUCAUGGUGGGGAAACUUUCUCUACCAGAAAGUCCGUGGGGUUUGAAGCAAGAUCGGUGAAAUCAUACAAUUGUAGGGAUGAUUAUAGGAGUAAGGAUGCUUUCAGAGUUGGUCAUUUGACUAAUGCGUUUAAUGCAGAGGGCCUUGGGAUGCAAUUAUAGUUACAUUGAUGCUACAUGUGCAUAGGUAUAGAAGUACUUUUUUUCUUUUUUGUAAUUUCAGUUGAUAAAAUGUUGGUGUAGAAGUGCCUUAAGUGCGCCCAAGAAGUGCUGUGCUCUGGCUAAGUUUUGCCCCUUUGAUUGGCACAGCAAAGUAAAUAAUAAAUUGGUCUGUUGCUGCCUAAUACAAAACCCUUCAAAUGAAUGUGGCGAUGUGCGGCACAUAAAUAUGGUUGGGCACAGUAGCUGAAAUGUCCAACUUGCCAAAUCCUGCAUGUAAAAUUAUCUCUUGCGUAUAGUGUAAAAUAAAAAUGUGUCUUCCAAUUUAAUUAGGCGCGAUGUAAAUGAACUAAUUUAUUUUUUUUUUAGUUUUUAUCCUUAUAAAAUCUUAUAAUUUAUUAAGAGUGUAGAUCUUAACACCCGAUCGAAGGAGAUCUAAUGGAUAAAGAUGGGGGUAUUUUCGUUCCAAAUCACAAAAAAGUGUCCAGUUUUAAAAGUUUUGAAAACCCAACUACGCCACCUGCAUACGUUAGCCACAUUGUUUUCAUAUUCCAAAAUUCAACUUAUGUUUUGUUUCAGAAAUUCAGAAAACAGAAGGAACAGUACAGAACAAAUCAAAUGUGAGAAGCUCGGUAAGCAGAUAUGUUAACGGAAACCCAAAAAGGAUCUCAUAACAACCGGCCAGUUAGCUUCUCUGGUCUGUUUGAUCUGGCUACAGCCGCUAUGGCACAUUCAAGAAUCAAGGGUACCGGCUUUUUGCUUCCCACCCUAUUCUUGGUACAUGUAGCCUCACACAAUAAUUAAAAGAAAAAUAAAUCAGGUUAAAACGAAAAAGAUAGUCACCAAACACCAAAGAAACCAGACUGUUAGGGGUGAUUGAGCCAAACAUCAAACUCCAUGGCGAGGGUGCGGAGAAACCAGCCCUAACCCUAGAAGAUUUGAGAACU